AUGGCUAUAUCGGACACUCUAGCCAAAUCCAUUGUUCAAAAUCUCCAAGAAGAAUUGGGAUCCAACACGUUCCACGAUGUGAUAAUCAGUGUCCAAAACACAAAAUUCAAAAGCCACAAGCUUAUUUUAAGUGCCAACUCGAAAUAUUUUAAAACCAUCUUUAACACGGAAGUUGGACGAACUUCAAGUGCAUCAAUUAUUUUGAAAAAUAUCACUUCUGAAACAUUUAAACUCGUUCUGGACUGCAUCUAUGGAGGUAAAGAUGUUCUGACUGCUUCCAACUUAGCUGCAAUAUGGCAUGCUGCUGUUUAUUUAGAGAUCGACUUUUUAUAUCAGGCCUGCGAACUUUACCAGACCUGUCGUCUGGCGAAAGAGAAUUGUGUCGAAAUGGCCAAUCAAGCUAAAACUUUUUAA